GAGAACAGUUCAGAGUGACUGCAUCUGCUUCUUGUUGUUCCCAUUUUGUUUUGCAUAUUCCACUUUGUAUUAUUAAUACAUGUUUAUCAGCCGGCCAGGUUAUUUUGUGGUCCCUUCCCUCACUGGCAAUUUCGUAAAUAUUUCAAAACCUUUUGAAAACCUCAUCCAAAAUCUUUCGUGUGCACAUAAUCCCGGCACUGCAUAACAGCUGUGAGCAAUUUCGUGAAUAUUUGCUUUCGUUUUCUCCAAAGCAGCCACACCUUACAGUUACAAGACAUGCUGGAAACAGAAACUAAGUGGCACAACUGUUGGACUUCAUCUGAGACACAUCAAGAUGGGUGCAAUAUUCAACUUGCUCGAGCAGCACAGACUGGAGUCUUUCUACAUGAAAUUUCUCCAGUUGGGUGUAAAAGACGAAAGAGAUUUCCUUGACGGUGUAACAGAUGACGACCUGAACAGCCUCGGACUAAGUCAGGUGGAAAAAACUCGUUUUUCUGCCAUGAAAGACAAAAUUCGCAGACUCAGAGCUCCAGCAGCUUCAAUGACUGUGAAAAAGUCACUGGAGUCAUUCUGCCUGCAGUACACAUACCCCAAAUGUCCUGGACCAAAAUAUAUCAAAGAUAUGGAUCCUGCACAAAACACAGUUGAAGAUUUGAUGUUGAGAAUAUGUCACCUUGAAAGUGUCAGUCCAUCCGAAGGUGUCUGUCUCUACACAGUGGAUGGAAUGCCUCUGACAGAUGAUCCCUUCUUCAACACAUGGUCUUUAAAAGACAGACAUAUUCAACAUGGAGAUAUAAUCUAUGCCAUAUUCACACCAAAGGAGAACCUGAGAGCAGCUCCUCCAAUGCAGAUGCGAGAGAUUACUGAAACCUACGGAACUGACACAGUUCGAUGCCACAUCAUGCUAAAGGGAGACUUUGAGGUGACCGUGGACUUGGCAAGUGACACAAUAGCCAAUUUGAAGAACAAGCUUGCCAGUGAAAGUGGAAUCCCAGGACAUGUUCUUCAUUGCAAAGGUGAACAUGGCAGUGGCGAUACAUUGGAAAGUUAUGGAAUCUCAGAAGGGUCAACAGUGUACUUCACACUGUCCUCAUUUCCUGAGGAGAUUAGAGAUCACCAACAAUUCUUCAUCGAUGAUGUUGUGCCCUCAGUGCAACAGUCAACCAAAGGAAUCAGUGUCUUCUUGUCAUCACUGUAUAUGCUUAAAAACAAGGCUCCGGGAGUUCCAUACAAGAAUUUGUUUGGAUACAUAAGAAAACUGACUGGAUGUAGCCCACUGGUCCAAAGUUUGUACCAGCUUCUCUGGAAGAAUGAGAUCAUAUCCAGGAAUCAGAAGAUUGCAUUGGUUGAAGGCUUGUACAUGCUCUUUAGAGAGCUUUUACCACAGCUUGGAACAAACCUUGGAGAAAGGAUCAUUGAGGACCUUGAUGUCUUUGAGUACUCAACAUACUGCUGGGCACAUAUCCUUUCAGAAGCAAAGAAAGGGACAUCAGAUCAUGAGAACUAUGCACCAUUUUCUCUGACGUCUGAAGAUGGCAGCCGUUUCUGUGAUCCAGUGACUGUACCUGGAAUACCAGGUGUCCUUGAAAGAGCAGUUGUACUUCAGAAAAUUAAAGAUGGCGAGAAGAUUCCAAACUGCCCCGAUGAGGAUCUGAGAGAAACAUCACUGAAAAGAGCCACUGACAUUGAGAAGAUUUUGCUCAGCGUUCAUCCGUCAGUCAGAACAUAUGACCUCUGGAUUUCUCACGACAGUGUGACUGGUCAGAACUUUCACAUAGAUAUUGAGAAGACACUGGGAGACAUGGCAGACGAACUGAAAGCUUUCCCUCAGUUCAGUGUGUCUCCACCACUGCUUCUGAAGGCUCUCGGUCUUGAUGAUGCACGCCUUGUUUACCUGAGUGAAGACAACCUUGGUGUCUAUAUAAAUAAAAAUAAGUUACAACCUGCAAUGAUCGAAGUGUAUGAUUGCCUGGCUGGCAAAAUCAAAACUAUGGAUUUGAACAUAUUGGCAGCUAAAACUGGUGACCACCGGGAUGACUAUUCAUUCGUCACAACCAGGACUCCAAAAGAGGCUAUACUGGUGCUGAUCGAUACAAGCUCAUCCAUGGCAGAGAAUUGCUACGGAAGUGUGGAAAUACAGAAAAUCCAUGCUGUUAAACAGCUUUUCGACAACUUUGCAACACGGACCAUGGCUUAUGAUUUUUAUCAUGUCAUUGGCCUUGUGAAGUUUGACUCUACAGUGAAAACUCUCCACACAUUUACGGAAACACUCGAAAAGUUCAAGGAACAUGUGCACACCCUUACGGCAGCAGGACGCACUCUGCUGUAUGAUGCCCUGCAGCAUGGACUACUUGAGUUAGAAAAAGUCAAGAAGUUUCCAGACUGUAAACUUCGCAUUCUUUGUCUCACUGAUGGACAUGAUGUCGGAUCCUCAAACCAGCCAGAUGUUGUUACUGCCAACCUGAUAAAGUCCAACAUCAUUGUGGAUUCAAUUCUUCUUGGGAAAGUGGAGAACGAUAUUCUGCGUGGAAUCAGUAAUGCAACAGGGGGUUGCUGUUUCAAACCAGAGACAAGCAAGGAUGGUCUGAAGCUUUUUGAGAUCGAGACUGUUCUCUCUUUGGAGAUGAGGAAGCCUAAGAAAAAAGCGGACCCAUCUUCCAUCACUAAAAGUUCUUUGAUAGCAACCUCUGCUGCUCAUGGGUAUGAUACAUUCCCUGAGGCUAUCUUACCAACCCAGAUGAAAAGUAAAGUGACAGUGACAGAGAGCACUCUGAAAAAGAAGAUCAGAGAUGCCAAAGUUGGUCAACUGAUGGAAAAGGACAAACGUAUCCUGGAGGAGCUGAGGAGCCUGCAUUGUGACCCACAUCCCUACUUCAGUAUCUUCCCAUCAGAGUCGGACUUCACAUUCUGGAAGAUUCUCAUGGAAGGACCCCCUGACACACCUUAUGAGAAAGGAACCUUUGAGUUGUUCUGCCAGUUUGGUGCUGACUACCCAGUGAAGCCUCCACUUGUUCGCUUUGUCACACCUGUGUACCACUGUAAUAUCAACAAUGUGGGACGCAUCUGCCACAACAUAUUUGACCGGAACUACAAUGCCCAAAUCACCAUGAGAGAUAUCCUCAAUGCUGUAUAUGGACUGCUCAUCAUCCCUGAGCCUGAGGAUCCACUGGACAGCAUUCUGGCUGAGGAGUUCUUGAGCAACCGACAGACGUAUGAACAGGAGGCCAAAAAACAUACAGAGGAAACUGCUGCGCAAUCACGGGAUGACAUGGAGAAGACAUUGGUGGAUCCUGAGAAAAAGUUUGUGCCCCCACAUCUGAUCUGUCCACUCACCAAAAAGAUGUUUGUUGAUCCAGUGAAAACAAAAUUCGGAACAGUGUACGAACGAAAGGCCAUCGAAAAAUUCCUCAAAACAAGCAAACGUGAUCCCAUGGGUGAUCCAGCAGAACUGCUCACCAAAGCUGAUCUCACACCAGCCAAUGACAUGAAGAAAAUGGUGAUGGAUCAUCGUGCUAGACAAAUUCAGCAAAAGCUGUAGAGAAAAGUUGGAGCUACAGCUGUGGUGUUUUACAUCAGUGUCACAGUAAAUGAGACAGGAAACUAUGGGAAGUUCAUGUUCAUUUAUCACAUGAUGAUGAUUUUAAUACAUACACGUAGUUAUAAACAAGAAUGCUAGUUAUAACAAACUAAUACGACUUUGAACUGCUUUUAGCAAGGAUGGAUUACUUACUUACUUAAUGGACCGACAAUAGAAAAGGCGCUCUAUAUACUAUGCAACCAUAUUAAGUACAAUCCCCCUUUCUAUUGUAUCAAACAGCCUUCUCACACAACAGAAAUGGGCUGAUUUAUACAACUUAAAACUUUAAAUGCUCAGGCUAAAUACACUUCUUGAUAUAUGUGAAAACAGACUGUUUACAGGUUCCAUGGACGCACAAGUCACCCUUGACUUAGGACUAACAACUACUAACACAGGCCAUAAACUAUAAACUUGGCACUUCUGUCUGAACAGGUGCUCUUAGUGCUGUUGCCAAGCCUACUGUGCUGCUUGGCAGAAUACAAGAGGUGCGCCCUCUGCUGGCUACUAAUUGGCUACUCAGUCCCCAUGGUCUUGAACCAACAAGCAGCCUUUUUAACAAAUAUUGCACAACUAAUUUUUAAUUAAUUAACAUUCAAGGUCAGAAGAGGGAUGCUAUAAUCUGCUUGCUGUCAACUUGCUUAACAGGUCUUUUAAAACAUAGAUGAUGCUUCUGAUGCUGUCAGAAAUAAACAUCUAACACAGCAAUAAGCAGGCCUAUAUUUAAUCAUUCAUGAAUGAGUAAACACACAAAUGUUCAUCAUGGUCAUGCGUCAUGAUGUUUCAUGUGGAAUAUAGAUACUUUGAUCCCUGCAAUAAAUUAAAUUCCUUUUCAAAUCUGCAGUGUUUGCAGUGCAGAGCUGUAGUAUCAUAGCACCUGGUCAUCUGUCAUCUCUCUCUCUCUCUCUCACUCACUCACUCACUCACUCACUCACACACACACACACACACACACACACACACACACACACACACACACACACACACACACACACACACACACACUCCUGUUCUCUCAUCAGGUAAAUAGACCUUGGAAAUUAUGUAAAAAAAAUCUCCCAGACAAUAAAUAAUAACAUCAAAAACCAAAUGGGUAGGGACCAGAGAACGAAUGUGCUCUGCUCGUGUACACAUCUUCAAAUGACUAUACAGUGUGUGUUACACCAAAAGUCUGAUCAUUUAGUGAGGGAGGAAAUGUAAUGAAAACAAAUUAGAUACAAAUAUAGUAAUAAAAACAAUUACAAACAAUGGAAUUUGGAAAUAAAAGCAUACAGUACACAAACAUUACAAAUUUAUAAGCAUGCCACCCUAUAAUACUGAGUCUUAUAUAUUUUUUAUUGUCCUCUCUGGUCUGUCUGUAUAAGAUGACACAGAGGAUUCAGAGCUUAAAAAGUGUUCCUGAGAUAGCCCUAUUGGACAGAUUAAGUCCAGUCAAGGGGCAGUACCUGAGACAUGAUGGUCCAGUGUAUCAAAAGCCACACAAAUAUCAAAAUGAGCCUAUGAACAAUGUCCUGCAUCUGAGUUUAAAUUUAAAAAAACAAAUCAGAAUUUUUAAGCACUCAGGAGUAUAACUGGUGCAUCAUUUUUAUAUCUCAUUGUUGAGAAUUCUGAAUGAAAAGUUGGCGCUUCAAUUAUUUCAUUGAAAUCAUGGCAGCCAUUUUAUUUUAACCUUUAAAUGCACUUAUAUAAUGCAGAUUAAACCAUAUAUUAAAAUCAUAUUGUUUACAAAUGUUUCUGAAUAUAGUACCCCAUAUACUAUUUAUCUUAAUUUCAUGGUAUCUUGUGUGUCUUACACAUGGAGCCUUCUAUUACCUCUUACCAAACAAACAAGUCAGCACAGUCAUCACUAAUCACAGUCACUUGGGGGACAGGCUCGGAGGGUGAGCACUUUGCUCCCGUGAUAACGCUGUCCCACCCAUGGAGGUUAAUCAUUCUAAAAUUAUUGGUGUGAUUUUUGUAGGGGAGUGUAUCUGCAUCAAAAAUAAAAAUAAAGCUAAAUAAUGACUUUUCAGUCUGCAUACUUUUUUUUUCUGGGUGUGCUCUGAAAUAAUUUUUUUACGGUGAAAUUCAGCAGUUUAAUACACUGGUUGACUCACCAUGACACCAUUGUAUUCAUAUAAAAUAAAUACUCUUCUGCCAACCCAGGUUAAAGUAAAUUAUGUUACAUGUCAUAUUAUUAAUGCAUGUCUUUUUACCCUAAAAUAAGGGGUUCCCUUACGGUGCUCCACUGCUGUUCUUUGCUCAUUUUUAGGUUGCAGUCGAGGACUAGCGGGGCAUGCUUUGGUUGUUUAUCAGACAGACUACUCCUGUAGGUUAACGUUAGUGUUGACGUUGCCUCUCCAGCCUCGUAGCUUCAAUUCUUCUGCAUGUGUGCAUGUUUAGUUUAUCUCGUGCAUGCACAUGAGGAUGACGAACCCACUCUCAUUCCCAGAUUUACAAAUACCAACAUUUUGUCACUCCUUUUGGCGUCACAUUGCGAAAUACAGCUGAAACACAUUGAUAGAUGUGGUUAUUGUUGUGGAACGGCCGUGGUUAGGUUCAGAGAGCAAACCUACAUAGUUGAGUUCAGAAAAAAAGAUCACAUUUUGGGUUAAAUUAAGUAUGGUUGAUAUAAUGUGAUGUAGCCUAUGCAUCAUUUUUGGUUUCACACGGGAUACAGACUGUGGUUGACUGGAUAAAAGUCUGGUUUAGUCUGACCGACAGUGUCUGGAUUUAGACUCUGAUAUACCUGCUGUCCUCAAAAAGAAAGAUUUAUACUUUUUGUAUACAGGUUAAAAAUGUCUCUUUACUCAUUGAUGUUAUUUCUGAACUGAAAAUACAAUAAUGACUCAGCUAAAGACAGUUAAAUACAUUUUAUUGUUGCUUUGCUUCUUUGGUUUCUCUCUGCCUCGCUCUGUUUUUUCUGUGUAUUCUAUUUUGUAGGUUUCUCAUCCACUAUGACUUCCUGUCUUAAACUGAGCAAACCACAGACUAAAUCAUGUGACUGAAUUUCACUGCCAUUUACGUGACAAUACAUGUCUGUUAGGACUCUAA